AUGCCAUAUUCUCCCGACACCUACCAGAAUGCGCCGUCGCAACCCCACCAGCAGCGCCAGCACAUGCAGCGAAACUACAGUGGGCAGACUGCAGGCACAGGGUACAGGGGCACCUCUGCGCCAAUAGCACCAUACGCCUUCUCUAGCACUCCCCAGCUCCGGCAGGACAACCGAUCUGUGUCGUCGCCAAACCCCCAGGCCGCACAACAGCAGCUUCCUGGCCAUCGACAGCAAGCUCGCCUCGGCCAUCCCUCUCAUCCCUCCUCCUCAUCCGACUCGACAGUGUCGACAUCCGGCUCUUCCAGUCGCUCGCUCGCGCAUGCCUCGAAAGAUGACAGCGACAUGAAGCCAAUUGGUGACUUCACUGGCAUCACGCUAUCGACCGCCAUCCCUGACCUCUCCCUCUCUCUCGACGAUGCUCCUGUCAAAGCCUCACCAGGCCGCUACAGGCGAACUGCUGCAAGAACGGACUCGUCUGCUAGCAUAUCAACCGGUGGUUCCACACCAACAGCGACCCAACGCUCAUCGAUAGCAAGCACCCCCACGAACUCGACCCACGACACAUCACUUGGUGACCAUGAUCUGACACCAACUGGCAGACCUGGGCACAGCCGGGCUAACAGCGCAGACAACACCCUUGUGCAAGUUGGCACGCAAGAUUCUGCGAAGCGCUACAGGCGUCGCAGUUUCGCCGGCGUGGAAGGCAAUUCGCAAUUACCCAAUGCCAGUUCUGCUGGGCCUGCCCCAGUGCAAACUGCGGCCCCCAGCACAGGGCGACCUGGGUCGAACUCAGGUCGACCUGGCAGCCGGCCAGCCUCGAGUCACAGCCAUCAAAGGCAAGGCAGCGCCGGUAGCAUACAGUCGAGUACGUCGACGAAACCACCAGCCCCAGCCGCUGCAGCAUCGAAGCCCGGGAAUGCUGCUGCGAAGGCAGCAGAGCCUGCACGACGAACUGCACCCUCUCCUUUGUCACAACCAAUUUCCCCACCCGAACCAUCGAAUGCGGCGAAUAAGCAAAUUGGCAGCGAAGCCAUGAAGCACCUUGCAGCAGUUAACGAAAAGGAUAAGGGUAUGAAGUCGCGUCUCAGGAGAGCAUUUUCCUUCGGCAGUGCUGCCGAACUGCGACGCGCUUCUGCGGAAAACGCUGUUGCAGCUGAACGCGCAAGACUGAGGAAAGACAAGUACCAGACUGAUGAGGAUGCGGAACAGGCUGCCAUCAUUGCACAGCAGGAAGCUGCUGGUAUUGGUGCUGGUAUCUACUCUGGUCAGGGUGGAAUGGGCUCGAACGACAAUUUGUCCAUCCAAUCAGCUGCUUCGUCCGCCUCGAUCAUGCUUCGAAAGAUGGGUAGUGGGAUGAAGAAGGGCACCAGGUCUAUCAAGGGACUUUUCAGACCGAAAUCUGUCAUUGGUGUACCGGCUGCUGACGGGCCCAUUUCCAGGCCCAGUGUCGGUCAGGUCUCUAUGGUCUCAGUCGAAGCAGAACGUCAGAAGGUCAACGUCAACGCAAAUGCCCACGAUCAAGUCCGCGGUGGCACCGGAUACCCCAGGCUCGAACGUAACUCGAUUGAUGCUGGGCGCACGGCAGAGAUGGUCAAUGCUGACGGCUCGUCCGCCAGUGACAUGGCAAGGAAGAGCAUCGUUGGUGGAGACCGUGAGCGUGCCGAGAUCCUUUCGAAUAUGAAGAAGGGCAUCUUGAAGCGCAAUGGAACCAACUCGGACUCUGGUUCGCCCACCAUGCGACCUCUCGACGGACCCAAUCCAACGUUCGCCAUCAAUGCUCCGAUCACCCCUACUCACGAGAAGGGCAAAGCGAACAGCGAUGAUUACUUCACGAAGCCCCCGAAGAUUACGAACGGAAGCACGAGAAGCCUCCCGGUCACACCAGCGGCUGGUUCUAGGAAUAUAACUUUCAGCCCACGCAUCCAGUUUCACGACGCAUGGUCACCUCACGAUUACGACCGCCGAGGAGACAUCGCGACAUGCAACAGACUCACACCUAUGCUUGCGCAACAAAUCAAGGAGGAGCUCAACUCUUUCAAAAUGGAGAUGGAAGUACACGAGUCGUCGAAACCUCACACACAUUUCUUCUAA